AGGUAGUGAGAAGCAAUUAGUGCCAUGCAUGUAACUGCACUGAGGAAAUACUGAUCGUCAAGACAAGUAAGCCAAGGAAGACCCUGCGCUUCGAGCAUUAAGAGUACUUAAGGUGUGGAUCCUGCCCAACGCAACGGUUCCAUUUUGUAUUGAAAGGACUGUGUGUUUGCAUCCUUUGGAUGAGCAAUGAUAGACCGGAUUUUUUUUUUUAGUAUUUUAGUACUUCAUUAGCGUAGCUAAUUAUGUUUGAUUAAUAUUUUGGUUUACUAAAAUUGAUUGGCUUUGGGGAAUGCCACACAAGGACGAGCUGUGCUGGUUUCUGCACGACCUAUUAUUCUGACUUUCCUGUAAGGUUACUGCAGCUAUUUUUGAAGUUGCCAAAAUUGUAAUUUCGUGUCCUCCUGUGCAAACGGACGUCUACAACACGACACUGUUGCUAAAGCACACGUGUAGCGCUUGUGGAAGUUCUCUUUUCCUUCCAGUCUGAACGUCUCCAGGUUAACUCUGCCUGUUCAGAGGGACGUGACGAUGCGCUCAUUCCCUUACCGCAGCUUCACUGAGGAGGGAUCCAGUAAAAACUGACUUACUGUAGCUUCUGUGCCAGUUUUUUUUUCCUCUCAUUUCUUCUAUUCAUUUGUACGCCUGUUCCUUGCGUUAUUGUAUGUCAGUCUUGCGUUUCUGGAGGUGGAUUUCAUGCGGAUCGAUCGAAUUCAGCGCUGGAAAAUUGGAUGAGAAACUCGAAAUGAAAAAUUUUACCCGCAUCAUCCAGAUAAUAACUGUUCUCCUCAUUCAGUUAUCACCUGCUCAGACCUCGGCAUCCAGUGGAAACAACACCUCUGGAGUGAUGCUGUUCGGGGAGGUGUGGGGGCGCAGCUUCUGCCGCACCAUCGAGAAACUGGUGGAAGUGGUGCAGGAGUACCCCAGCGAGGUGGAGCACAUCUUCAGCCCCGCCUGCGUGCCGCUGUGGCGCUGCGCCGGCUGCUGUGGGGACGAGAAUCUGGAGUGCUACCCCUCACAGACCUACAACGUCACCAUGCAGCUCCUGAAAAUUAAGCCAUCUGAGAGCCGAGAGUAUGUUGAAAUGACUUUUGUUGAACACCAGACAUGUGAAUGUAGACUCAGGAAGAUCACUGUAAGAAAUGAAAGGAGGAGACAGAGGGGGAAGGGAAGGAAAAGAAAGGAAAAGCAGAAAUCGAAAGACUGCGACACGUGUCAGCCUCCUCGCAGGUAACCGAACGGCAGCCGCUGUCGUCACUGUAUUUAUUUCUUUUCUCCAGUCAGACUUAACAACAUUGGCAGUCUUUUAUGCACUUUUGGGAUACUGCGUGCUCUUCGUCUGGGCUUGAGCGACCCGCAGUGACGGGCGGGACUCUCAGGAGCAAGGCAGUCAGAGGGUCAGCCAGGCCAGCCGAGACCUGAAAGAGAAACCCUGGCAUCACCUGGCAGGACAGGUGGGCAGGGAAACUUCGCCAUGAAGGACAAAGGCUCAAGGUUAAAGACUCAACUUGGAGGACUCGCGUUUUCUUUUUUUUUCUUACGACACAAGUAUUUAUUACAAUGAAUAGAGGCAGUAGACACCAAUUACAAAACUCCUGCUAUUGUAAUCCACGUUCUGUACCGAGCCUUUUCCUGGACACAAGAAGAAAGAUAGUGUUCAAUCGGGUCCAACGUCCGGGACUGCGAGAAUAUGACCCCACUAACUCAGCUUCAGAGCGUGGCUGGUCCUGCCGCCAUCAUCCCUUCAACGCUAUUGUCUGACUCCCUGUUAAAGUGGAGGUUUGUCACAUACCCUUUCCCCUGCAGUCACAGAUUUCUUUUUUUAAAAAAAUUCUGUUAAACUGAGCCACUGCGUAGAAAACCUCUCCGGAACAGCAGGAGCAGACAGAACAAAGACAGUGUAGAAUGAGAUGCUGAAAAGAAAAGAAAAAACACCGACUAAUUUUAUAUAAGAAAACAAACAAAUGACUGUUUCGGAAUUAGCACACAUAUGGCCCGAACUAUGAAAUGUUACUAAGCCACUCGGCAAAUAGUCAUUAAAAAGCUUUUCCGGUGAGAUAAACUUCGUUCUGAGGUUGUAAUUGAUUUCACGUGGUAUUUCCACAGCUACAAUAGGUGGCAGUCUCCAUCUAGUGGUAACCACGUAUUAUAGCAUCAAGUAUUAAACUCUCUUUUGGACACUUCAUUACUUGAUCUUUGGUCAAAAUAAGCCAUAUAGCUCGCCUAAUGUAUCAUUUCGACUUUUUGGAUCUUCCUUAAUCUACAAUAUUAGUUAAAGAUCGAUUGCAAAAGAUCCUAGCAAGAUCAUGCUUUGAAAUUCAUUUCCUCCAGGUCCGUGAGUUCAUAUGUGGGGGAGAUCGAGUGGGGUUGCGUUAAAAACGGUUAUCAUUGCAGAACCACUAUAGAACUUUCUUUCUUGUUUAUGUAUGAGGGUUUUGUAAACUGGUGCAUGACUUACUAGUGGCACCACAAUGCACAAUCAAUCAUAAAAGAAACAAUAGCUGAGAAAUCCAAGACAAGAUAAUGAAAUGUCCCAGGAAUAAAAUAGUUUUCUUGGCACUGGAUGCUGACGUUUAGAAAAGAGAACAGCAAUCUGUCUAAACAUAUAUUCCAAAAAUGAGAACAUUGUUGCCUGUGAGAAACCUCACUGUUAUGUUUCAAAACAUCCACAAAGUCUUGUGUUACACACUUGGCCAAAACAGAGGAACACCCAAGUCCAGUAUCGCUUAUGGCUCAAAUGAUGUUCGCCAGCACUACUGGAUCAUCAUGAAUGAUAACACUGAGUAAUGACAAAGGUGAUUAAAAUUAAUGUAAAGCCUAUCCAAGACCAUUCCCAAAGAAGAUUCAGGCAAUCUGAAUUGGGGAGGCCAGAUCAACUGCUAAUUAUUUUGCACAAUAAGCGGAUAUUUUUCUAAACGCAAAGGUAGAACGUCAUACACAUAGAAUAUGCAGAAAGUAAAAAGUGAAACGAAAGGGGAGUCUGGAACACUCUCAACAUUCCUUAUGAGGAUUUUUGACAUGUAUUAUUUUUUCAGUAUAUAAGGAGAGGAUGAGCGCUUAACUGACUAAAUUAACAUUCCUUGUGUUUGAAAUGCUUCCAUUUUUGUCACAUGGGCAAAACCAAUUUUGAUGACGAAGGUUGCCACAGUACGUAACAGCUCACUACACGUUCACCGUUACGGAAGUGACGCCAUCUACCCAGAUAAAUAGACGAUGUAUGAUUCUCUUGCGGAAGAAAACCCGGUGUCGUGACGCAGUGGAGAUCGGCGCUGCCUGAUUUUGAUGGAACGUGUAGCAAUCCCAGCAGGGUUAGAGCAGAUCUUCACCGGCCACACGGAGCUGGGCGAUUUUCGAGGUGUCAUCCCUCCUCCCUAACGAGAUAAUGGUGACAUCUGUGUUGUGGUCUGUUCUCAGCUCGUUUCACCCCAGCCAGGCAGAUUUCGACAAGUUCCUACCAGGGAUCGCAAGCUGCAGAUACAGCUAAACCUUCAGCACUGUUGAUAUGCAGUACAGAGACCUUCCAUUUUGUACUGCGAUCACUUGAAUCAAACAAGUAAAAGGCUUAUAUCACUUCACCUCCUUUGUUUUUAAUUUAAUUCAAUCAGGGAGGGUGCGGUGUGCAGUGAAAGAGGAACAAGCUGUGUGAAAGACUGUAAGAGUCUAAAGUACUGGACUCAUUAUUUAGUCUGUGCUUUAAUAAGAAAACAUGCACCGACAAUAGCAAGGAUUCAUUUUUAUUGUAUUCUCUUCUUACAACAAACAAAAUCACAGUUGUUUUUGGAAAGCAUCCUCUAAUAAUUCUGUUGUGAGAUUUCUUAACUGGAAUUAUUGACGCCUUUGUAUCUGUUCUUUUUGACAAUUUGAAGGGACUUGCCAAAGCAGUGGAUUAUUAGAAAAAUAUUGGUAUUUUCUAAUAAUGCAAAUAAAAUGUUAUAAUGCUUUAAACAACCAGUAAAUCAUUAAAUUUACCUUUUUAUUUUAUUAAUAAGAGUCUUACCACAGCAGGCAGAAACACCAAUACCAAGAUUGAUGUAAAACCACAUACUGUAUGCUUUGUCACAUUAAAAAGGAUGGUAUUGAAAUCUAAUUUCUAUUGUAAAUAAAAGCAAUGCAGGAUCAGUCUGUGUUUAUACUGUACAUUGUAUAUAUAAAUGUAUUACUGUUAAUAAAUAAUACAUUAUAUUUAACCCAAUGAGUGUUCAAAUCCUUGUCAGUACAAAGAUAAUAUAGAAAUG